UUACCUCCGAAUACAGGCGUACGGAUUCCAGUAUGGAUAGAGUUCAGUGGUGAAUUCUGUCAGCGAAAUCCGACACAACUCUCCGUUAUUGGCUACUCCUAUGAGUUUCCGUUAAAGCCAACGAAUAGAGCUAUGACUUCGUGUCGUUGCAUUAUUUUUAUAAGUGGAUUACGUAUAUUGGACAGACUCCCAAUUGCUACUUACUACAUGAUUGGUCCUGCUUCUUACAGCCUUAAGUAUAUUUCAGUGAGAAGGAAUUAGAUAGUGAGUCAACUUGUGUAGACUUCCAUUAUUAUAUUUUACAUUUAAUUCAUAAUACUCUGUUACUUAGUACUGAUCCAUCGCGUAUAGAAAAUAGUGUCAUUCAUUUAAUGUUUGGAACAAACCAAAUUUUGUCUACAAACUCUCCGAGUACAUUUGUCAUACAACUGCGAUGAUGGAUUGACCAAGCUUUUCAUAGUGGGAUAAUAUAAGGAAAAAAAUAUCGUCCCACGUGGAUAUCUCAUUUAAUAGCAAGAUUUAUUAUUUGGAUAUGUGGUUCCUGUGUUGAUUCCUAUUUUCAUACGAUGGUUCAGGCGAUGGACGAAAUGGAGCAAAGUGAUCUUCCACAGGCAUUUCGCCUGUUAGGAGAAAUGAAUGCUAAUGUUCUGCAGGUAAAUCAACUUGUGGACAACAUGCUGAUCCGAGUACGAAAUGGCGAAAUUUCAACAGACAAGGGUCUCAGUUUCCUAGAAAUGAAAUACCACAUGUUACUUUCCUAUCUUAUUAAUUUGACAUAUGUCGUUUUGAGAAAGUGCUCAGGAGAGCGUAUCGAAGGUGAUCCAUCGAUAGAUCGUUUAAUUGAAAUCAGAACAGUUCUUGAAAAGAUUCGACCGAUAGAUCACAAGCUCAAAUAUCAAAUAGACAAACUUGUGAAAACAGCAGUAACUGGCACAACUGGUAUUGAUGAUCCAAGCAGCUUCAAGGCCCAUCCUUAUUCCCUCAUUGGUAAAAUGGAAACAUCGAACGAAGAAUCUGAAAGUGAACUUGAUAUUCAAGUUAAUAGUGCUAUGGAGUCUUCGCAGUCACGGAAAACAAGACUUUACAUUCCACCAAAACUGGCAGCAGUUCACUAUGACGGAGAUGAGACAGCAGCUGAAAAGAUUCGAAGGGCAGGAGAGCGGGCUCGUAGGCGUGCGGUUUCAGGAACGGUGUUGCGUGAAUUGCGCGAAGAAUAUUUGGAUGCCCCUGUCGAAGACUCACAGAUCGGGAGCAUGCAGCAAGUCAGCUUAGGCCGAGAGAACAAACGAAAGAUUGAGUACGAGGAGAAUUACAUGACACGAUUACCGGUAACCAAGCAAGAGAAACAUCUACGUCGGCAAAUGACCACCCUUGGUACAUUGGGCGAUGAAAUCACAAACUUUGGAGGGUCUUCGUCCGUUCCAUCUAAAAAGAGAAAAGUGUCGAAAAUUAGAACCAAAAAAAGUUUUCAGAAAAGACGCCAUCUCUAAUCAAUAAAGACAACAAAGCCGAGGGUCAUACAUCAGUGCUAGAAUAACCCUGUAUAAGUAUCACAAGAAAAGAAAUAUUGGCAUCAAACAGUAAAUUAUGUGGAGUAACAGAUAGCAAUGACCGCGCAAUUAAUAAUUUCAAAUACUUAUGGUUUUAAUGCAUAACUGUCGUCGCGCACAAACAAUACUCAUUCAUGAAAUCGCUGUGUACGUAAUAUCCUGGAUAUGACGAAUCGGCUACACAAAAGUUAGAAACUCUUGGACGCACGUUAACAGCACGCAGCGUUCAUUGAUAUGAUAAUCUGCAAAUAUAAACCGAGCUUGAAAAAUAAAGAUAGUAGGUGAAACAGAUAAAAAGAGAUGCUAUAGACUAUACGUGUUCCGCGUCGUAGAACAAUUUUUCUUAUUUUUUUUUGGACAUAACUCGGUUACGCGCAAAUGCGACUUACAGCAAUUUUAUUACAACUUUCAUAAGCGUCGCCGCGUACGCGAAGCUAUCGCUAUAAAAAAACAUAUCUACACGUAACAGAUAGCAACAAGCAAGACAAUAGAAUUACAUUAAAUACACUACCUCAAAUCAAUAGAAUACGGAUCAAAGCCCUAACAAAGUUUGCGCCUGUGCACUUACAUUGUCGAUUCGUUAUAAUAUUGGAAAUAUUUCGUUCUGGGAGGAGUGAAAACUCUUCAUGCUUGUUAUUAUACACCGUAUACAGUUGAGUACGACUAACGUAACUGUGUACGGCUUGCAGCAAUGAAACAAGGUGAUGGUUGUUAGGUAGCUGAUAGAAAAUUCAACACAUACUACUAUAGAAAAUAUCAGAGUAAUUCAACAGAGUGAUGACUAACUAGAAAUAGUUAAUUGACUACAUACAUAAUCUACAGAGUACUAUUUGAUCUGUGACUUUUCUAUACUUUAAUAAAUUGACCUGUAUAUGACGAA